AUCUCAACAUGGCGAGAGCUAAGGCAUCUGCAGGAGCAGAUCCGGAUCCUGGAGGAAGAGAAGGGGGCUGUGACGGAGGCAGUGCGGGCUCUGCUGGUGAACCAGGACAACAGUCAGGAGCAGCAGGACCCCCAAUAUCAGGGUCUGCGGGCACGUGGCCGGGAGAUCCGGAAGCAGCUUGUGCUCCUGUACCCCAGAGAGGCAGAGCUAGAAGAGCAGUUCUAUCUGCAGGCACUGAAGCUGCCCAACCAGACCCACCCAGAUGUGCCCGUCGGGGAUGAGAGCCAGGCGCGAGUGCUCCACAUUGUCGGAGACAAGCCAGCUUUCUCCUUUCAACCCCGGGGGCACCUGGAAAUCGGCGAGGAACUCGACAUCAUCCGGCAGAAGCGCUUGUCCCAUGUGUGUGGCCACCGCUCCUAUUACCUGCGUGGGGCUGGGGCCCUCCUGCAGCAUGGCCUGGUGAACUUCACACUCAACAAGCUCAUCCACCGGGGCUUCACCCCCAUGGCAGUGCCAGACCUCCUCCGGGGAGCUGUGUUUGAAGGCUGUGGGAUGACACCGAAUGCCAACCCAUCCCAAAUUUACAACAUCGACCCCUCCCGCUUUGAAGACCUCAACCUGGCUGGUACAUCAGAGGUGGGGCUCGCAGGCUACUUCAUGGACCACACUGUGGCCUUCAGGGACCUGCCAAUCAGGAUGGUUUGUUCUAGCACCUGCUACCGGGCAGAGACAGACACGGGGAAGGAUCCUCGGGGGCUGUAUCGGGUACACCACUUCACCAAGGUGGAGAUGUUUGGGGUGACAGGCCCUGGGCUGGAGCAGAGCUCACAGCUGCUGGAGGAGUUCCUGUCCCUUCAGAUGGAGAUCUUGACAGAGCUGGGCUUGCACUUCCGGGUCCUGGACAUGCCAACCCAGGAACUGGGCCUUCCCGCCUAUCGCAAGUUUGACAUUGAGGCCUGGAUGCCAGGCCGUGGCCGCUUUGGAGAGGUCACCAGUGCUUCCAACUGCACUGACUUCCAGAGCCGCCGCCUCCACAUCAUGUUCCAGACCGAGGCCGGGGAGCUGCAGUUCGCCCACACGGUGAACGCCACAGCCUGCGCAGUCCCUCGCUUCCUCAUUGCCCUCCUGGAGAGCAAUCAGCAGAAGGAUGGCUCGGUCCUCGUGCCCCCUGCCCUCCAGCCCUACCUCAGCACUGAUCGGAUCACAGCCCCCACCCACGUGCCUCUCCGGUACAUUGGCCCCAACCAGCCCCAGAAGCCCAGGCUCCCGGGCCAGCCCUCGUCAAGCUGAGAACCCAUCCACGUCAGCCAGCAGGGUGGCCGCUGCUUCCUGGAGGUCAGGAGACCCCAAACGCCUGGGACCUGUUUUCCUGAGCCCGUCCUGACAUCUGCAUUCCUCGUGUCAGCUCCCUGCUUGCGCCCCUGGACUCCAGGGUCCACCUCUUCUAUUUUCCUACUUCCUCAGAAUUAGUCAGUGACCCCGUUGUCAUUGAGGGUCCCAGCUUGCAGUAGGAGCAGGACGUCUGGGGAUGGGAGGAGAGGAAGAGACUUCCAUCCUUUUUCCCUCCCUCAGUGCUGAGCAGAAAGUCCCCAAUAAAUGCUCAGAACAAA